GACCCACACGGUGUGGGCCUCCCGUCUGCAGGGCGCCCACAAAAACAUCCAGGUCUUUUGGAGUCAGACCAAGGCAGUAACAACUGCCGCUGGACAAGCUGUACAGGGAAGAAAGCUCCGCUUCUUCACCCUCCUCCCAAUCGGCGUACAGUGCUCCGCUUACGCGGGCUUCCUGUGAAAGGGAAACUUUGCCGAAGAUACACUUGCAUAUACAUCCGCCAUACCGCAAUUCGCCCCAACACUGGUAAAAAUGCAAACCCUUAUCGGUGUAUCCACAUUUCAGCCCAACAGCAAGCGUUUUCACAGGCACCUGAGGUAUACACAUGAGAAACCAUCGUGCAGAGGGGUUUAGACGCGUCUGAAGCCCAACGGGAAGACUAAUAGACGCGUUAAAAACCGCAGACGGUACCAACUAGUCAUCCUAUGCGGGCCACGAUGUAUAUAUCUCCUCCUCACCAGGCAGUCGGGCGCUGGCUACACAAACCUCCCCACAGCCCACGAUGAAACGACACCACGCCCUCCACAGUGUGCUGCACCCCCCUCGCUAUGUCCUCGUCUCCAUCCUCGCUGGCCUGGGCGGCUUCCUCUUCGGCCUCGACACCGGCACCAUAGGCCCUGUCACGGCCAUGUCGCAGUUCUCCUCCUCUUUCGGCACCCUCUCGCCCACCAUCCACGGCCUCAUCGUCUCCUCCAUCCUCAUCACCGGCGCCCUCUCCUCUUUCAUGGCAGGCCAUCUCGCUGACGCCGUCGGACGGCCUUUAGGUAUGGCCAUCGGCGCCGCGGUGUUUGGCACAGGUGCAGCACUUGAAGCCGGCGCCGUGCAUAUUGCUAUGCUCUUCAUCGGACGCCUCGUCACUGGCGCCGGCGAGGGACUUUUCCUGAGCACAACGGUGGUGUACAUCUGUGAGAUUGUGCCCGCGAAGGGGCGCGGGGUUAUUGCGUCGGCGCCGCAGUUCUUCAUUACGUUUGCGCUGGUUGUCGGGUACUUCUUCUGCUACGGGACGGUGACCAUCGCGUCGAGUCUCGCGUGGAGGUUGCCGUUUGCGUUCCACGCUGUCUGCGCGUUCACCUGGGGUGCGCUCACGCUGCUUCUCCUGCCACAUUCGCCACGGUGGCUGAAGGCGAAGGGGAGGACGGAUGAGGUGGAUGCCGCGUGGGCGGCGCUGGGCGUGCGGCCUGGGCAGGACCUUGAAGACGCAGAGGCGCGCGAGGUCGAGACGGAGGCGGGGCUAAAUAUGGAGCCGCUUGCGUUGAGGCUGACGCAUACAAGGCAGACGGUCAGGGAGGAGGUACAUAUGCUGCUGCGGGUGUUCGCCAAGGACGCGAGGAAACCGACUGCGCUGGGCGUGUUCAUGAUGUCAAUGAUGCAGCUGAGUGGGAUUGACGGGGUUUUAUAUUACGCCCCCCUCCUCUUCCAACAAGCCGGCCUUGUCAGCGAGUCGUCCUCCUUCCUCGCCUCUGGCCUUUCCGGUGUCGUCAUCUUCGCAACCACCAUUCCCGCCGUGCUCCUUGCAGACCGCUGGUCGCGCCGCGCCUCAGUCAUCUUCGGCGGCUUCAUCCUUACCGCCGUCAUGCUCGUCAUCGGCUCUCUCUACGCUGCCGACGCUGUGCACAGUGACCGUGGCGCCGCCCGCUGGGUCGUCGUUGUCUUCAUCUUCCUAUUCACCUUCGUGUACUCUGGCUCCUGGGCCGUGACCAUCAGCAUCUACGCCAGCGAGGUGCAGCCUAUCAAGACGCGCGCCGCGGCGAGUAGCCUGGGGAGGAGUGGAAAUUGGGUUGUGAAUUGGAUUGUGGCGUUUACGACGCCGAUUUUUCUGACCAAGUCGAGCUGUGGGGUGUACUUUUUGUUUGGGGGUUGCUGCUUUGUGACGAGCGUGGUGUGCUUCCUUUGGAUGCCCGAGACGAGGGGGUUAAGUUUGGAGGAGAUUGAUGAUAUUUUUGAGAAGGGCAAGAGAAGUAAGGCAAGCUCGAGGGUUAAUUCCGUGGUUAAUGUCGUGUUAGGGAGGAGCGAGAAGAGCUGAAGAGGAAGUCAGCGGUUGUAGUGUUCGAUGAUACCCCUAUAGAAAGCUAUCUCGAAGAGCUGGCGUGGUAGACACUGAGCUCUGUUUUGACGAUUUUCGAUAAUAAGAAGGCGCUGAUCACGAAUUCCUCGGCCAAAUUCAGUGA